AUGAUACAAGACAUGAAGGACAAGAUCUUUAUUAUUUGGAGAAGGAUGUUGACAGCACAAAGCCGGCAAAAGAGUUACCCAGACAAACACCGCCUCCAAUUGGAAUUCAAUGUGGGUGACCUUGUGUAUCUACAGGUCUCGCCAAUGAAAGGAGUAAUGCGAUUGGGCAAGAAAGGGAAGCUAAGCCCAAGAUUUGUUGGACCUUUCGAAGUUAAAGAAGUAGUUGGCCUCGUGGCAUACAAAGUCGAGUUACCGCCAGCUCUAUUUGAAAUUCAUAACAUCUUCCAUGUUUCAACUCUGAGAAAGCAUGUUCAUGACCCGCGUCAUAUUGUGGACUACGAACCUCUCCAAGUUCAAAACGAUCUCGAAUACGAAGAAUUGCCAGUUCAAAUUCUUGAUCGAAAAGAGCAACGAUUAAGGACCAAAACUAUUCCUUUAGUUAAAAUCCUUUGGCGAAAUCACGAUGUUGAAGAAGCAUCUUGGGAACUCGAACAUGAAAUGAGGAACAAAUAUCCACAUUUGUUUUGA